UCACCUUGGCAACCGUAAACAAAGACGGAAACGGAAAGUGCAAGUCGCGCGCACAUGUGUCUGUUUCAGUGAUGUUUAGCAGUAAGGAGAAAGCAGCUGUCAGUCAGGUGAUGUGUUUUCUUCGCGAGUGGGAUCAGGGCAAUAAAGCAGUGCGCGCGCGGAUGCUGAGUGACUUUUUGACUGAGAACAUCGGAAAAAACUUUUAUGAACUGGAGCUCGAGUUUGCUCAAGUUGCCAGCUUGUUCCUUGCUCGACUCACUGCCUGGAUGAGACUAACAUACAUGUUUGGCACAUGUCUAAACCUUCAGCUCAGAGCACUGGGCGUCUUCCUCUCUGCCAGCAGCACCCAUCAGUACCUGAUGGAGUUUCUGGAGAUGGGUGGAGUUUUGACUCUUCUUGAGAUUCUAGGCCAGGAGAACCUCAAAGAUGAGGAUAAAACUGAGGCUCUUCGCUUGCUCCAGAUCAUCGCCGAUGCGGGUCCAAAAUAUAAAGAGCUUAUCUGUGAAAGCUACGGUGUGAAGGCCGUGGCUGAAUGUUUGGCCAAGUCUCAGGAAGAGGGGACGCAGGAGACAGCUGCCACCCUGCUCGAGUCCUUGGCCCAUGGGAACUAUCAGAACCAGGUAUACAAGGGCCUGAUCGCCCUGAUGACCUGCACCUCCCCAAGAGCACAGAAACUUGUCUUGCAGACUCUACGCGUUGUCCAGCCCGUUGUAAAAACAGCUCUCCAUGACAUAGUGGAACCUUUACUGUUUCUGCUGAGGUCUCCACAUUUAGAAGUGCAGUAUGAAGCCACAGAACUGAUAAAAGAGCUUAUGAGAUAUGAUAUGAAAUCUACUUUGCUCAGGGGUCUGGUGGCUCUUCUUAAACCCAGCAAACAGGGAAUCUCCAAACACGAGAUUCAGAAGGAUCCAGGGAUGGAAAAAAUGUCACACCCUGUGUUCCUCCAGCAAGCGGCUGCUGCCAGAACCAUCAGGAUUCUGACACAGAACAGUGAGGAGAUUUCUAGAGAUCUUCUGUCUCUCGGAGUUAUCCAUCACUUACUGUAUGCUAUGGGUAAUCAAGAACAUCCAGAUGCCCAGAGAAAAGCAAGCCUGGCUUUAGAGCAUUUUGUACGCAUGUAUCCAGUGGUGGAGGAGCAUGUACGCAGAGCCAUGGGCACCACACUGUUUCAGUCUUUUAUGAACAAUGCAGAGUGUCUACAUCUGAAUAUGGAUGAGACACAGGCUAACAUUUUACUUUCAAACACAAAUGUGUCAUGUGUUCUCGAGGAGCAGAAUUCAGAACCUUGAACACGGUCGAAGGAAACAAUACAGAAGGAUAACCAUUUUUUAGCAGCUGUGUUAAUUGUUGUUUUUUGUACAAAUAAAAAGUGAGAAUUUAC